AUGAAAUUGGAACUUGCACAAUACCGUGAGGUUGCUGCUUUUGCUCAAUUUGGUUCUGAUUUGGAUGCGUCAACGCAACAACUGCUCAAUCGCGGUGUUCGUUUGACUGAGUUGCUCAAACAGGGUCAAUAUGUCCCUAUGGCUAUCGAAGAACAAGUUGCUGUAAUUUAUGCUGGUGUCAAAGGUUAUUUGGACAAAAUUGACCCUUCACAAAUUACUCGUUUCGAAAAAGAAUUUCUUGCACAUAUUCGUGCACAUGAGCAAGAAUUGCUAAAAAUUAUUCGUGAAGAAGGCCAAAUUACUACAACAACGGAUGAUAAGCUUAAAAAUUUGGUUCAAACAUUUAUUGCAGCUUUUAAGCAUUAG